AUGGCCGGUCAGUCACAUUUCCAACAACUCGAAAAGCUUGGUGAAGGAACCUAUGCCACUGUGUACAAAGGCAGAGAUGCGUACACCGGGUCCCUUGUUGCUCUUAAAGAAAUCAACUUGGACUCUGAAGAAGGUACCCCUUCUACUGCAAUCCGUGAAAUUUCUCUUAUGAAGGAACUCAAGCAUGAAAACAUCGUCACCCUCUAUGAUGUGAUCCACACGGAAAAUAAAUUGACCCUUGUGUUCGAGCAUAUGGACCGUGAUCUUAAGAAGUACAUGGAUACCUAUGGUAAUCGCGGUGCGUUGGACCCUAAGAUUGUCAAAAGCUACAUGUUUCAGCUUCUCAAAGGUAUAAUGUUUUGCCAUGAUAACUGUGUGUUGCAUCGUGAUUUAAAACCUCAAAACUUAUUGAUAAAUUCUAAAGGUGAGCUCAAGAUUGGUGAUUUUGGUCUUGCCCGUGCCUUCGGGAUCCCUGUCAACACUUUCUCCAACGAGGUUGUCACCCUUUGGUACAGAGCCCCUGAUGUGCUUAUGGGUUCCAGAAACUAUAAUACCAGUAUUGAUAUCUGGUCAGCUGGAUGUAUCAUGGCAGAAAUGUUCACUGGCCGUCCAUUAUUCCCAGGAUCUUCUAACGAUGAUCAAUUGUUGACAAUUUUCAAAAUAAUGGGUACCCCAACCGAAAGAACGUGGCCAGGGGUUUCUCAAUUGCCAAACUACCGUCAUAAUUUCGACAUGUACAUUUCCCAAGAUUUGGGCACUAUUGUUCCUCAGGUUGAUCCUAUUGGUUUGAAAUUGUUGAACCAAUUAUUGCAAAUGAAGCCAGAAAACAGGGUUUCUGCCCGCGCUGCGUUGACUAGUCCUUGGUUUUCCGAAUACUCGUCACAGUUGGGAAACAACCAAAUGAAUAACAGUGAUACCCAAUAUCAGAAUCAAUAUCAGGAUGGUAGAGGACGUGGCAUGCAUCAAAUAGCAUGA